UUCACUUUCCCUUUCCCUUUGCAGUAACAGGGGUCCCGCCGCCCAGAGGGGCCUGUCUCCUGCCAGAAGGAGCUCUGCCAGGAGGGAGGGCGCAGGAAGGAGAGAAGGGGCCCUCAGAGCAGAAAGGCAGUGCUCGCAGCUGGAGACAAUGUCAAGAUGGAGACACACUUGGAAGCCCUGGCCCAGGAACCCAAUGGAGAAGUUAUAUCCUCAUUAUUUCAACUUUCACUUUACAAACUAUCCCACCCCCAAAUAUGUAAAAGGCUGCUACCUCUGCUACAAAGUGGAAAAAUUCCCCCAUGACUCUCCUACACUUUUGGAGAGUGGAGUCUUUGAAAACCAGUUCUAUCCCAGGAAGAGAGUCCACGCAGAACUCUGCUUCCUGAAAUGGUUCAAGAAGCAGAAGGCGUUCUCGGAGCAGAACCUGGGCCCUGACGAGAUAUACCGCGUCACCUGGUACAUGUCCUGGAGCCCCUGUUGGGAAUGCGCGGCGCGCGUGCUUGAGUUCCUGAGCAGACACGGCUACCUGAAGCUGAGGAUCUUCACCCCCCGCCUGUACCACUCCGAUAAGGCCGAGGACCAGCAGGGGCUUUGUAAUCUUGCCAAAAAGGUCCAACUCACCAUCAUGUCUCUACAGGACUUUGAGUACUGCUGGGAGACCUUCGUGGACCACAAAACAAAGCCAUUCAAGCCCUGGGAUAACCUGAAAGAAAACAGUCAACUACUAUCAACAAGGCUGGAGCACAUCCUCCAGCAGGGCCUGUCCCAUCGCCCCAGCUGCCAUCUUCACUUUCCCUUUCCCUUUGCAGUAACAGGGGUCCCGCCGCCCAGAGGGGCCUGUCUCCUGCCAGAAGGAGCUCUGCCAGGAGGGAGGGCGCAGGAAGGAGAGAAGGGGCCCUCAGAGCAGAAAGGCAGUGCUCGCAGCUGGAGACAAACGCCAAGAAAGAGACAUACCCGGCAAGAGGACGACAUCAUGGAGCCCUGGCCCAGGUUACUUCCCGGGACCUACAACUUCCACUUCCCCAACCUGCUGAAUGCCCCCGGGCGGAACUCCACCUACCUGUGUUUCGAGGUGGAAAAAAUCCAGGGCAAUGAUGCUGAGUCUUGCCACAUGGGGGUCUUUCAAAAUCAGGACUCUGUCCACGCAGAACUCUGCUUCCUGAAUUGGUUCCGUGUCCAAAAUCUGUCUCCUCGUGUGGAUUACCAAGUGACCUGGUACCUUUCCUGGAGCCCCUGCUUCUACUGUGCAAUGAAAGUGGUCAAGUUCCUGAGGAAGCACAAAAAAGUGCGCCUGAACAUCUUUGCCUCCCGCCUCUACAUGUAUGACCACAGAGAGCAGCACGGACUUCGAAACCUGGAACAGGCAGGGGCCCAGGUGGCCAUGAUGUCUCCCGAAUUGUUUGAAUACUGCUGGGAUAACUUUGUGUACCAUGGCGGCAACAACUUCAGAUAUUGGAAGGGUGUGCGCCGCAAUUAUAAUACUCUGGUUGAGGAGCUUGAUGAAAUCCUCGACAGGUGAGGAUAACGUCAGGGUCCCCAGGAGGAGGCCCCCGAGCAGGGUCCACAGGAGGUGGAGCGUCUCCGAGGGAGCUGAGCCCAGCUUGGGGCCCAGGGCUCCGAUGUGAACAAGCCUCGCCAAGACCCAGAAGACACAGGCUUGUCCCUAGUUCUCCGAAUGGCCCUUCCCCGCUCUCCA